AUGGCAAAUAGCCCUACUGAUCCAAACGGCGAAGCCGUCCGACGAGCGCUAGAAGCAGCCAGAAACAACCAAGAUGGUCAGAUAGACCCCAGAGUGAGCGCAAUCCUUGAGACAGCUAUCGGCGAGCUUUGGCGGAAGAUACAGUCACAACCUGAUUCCUACAUAUUAACUGACAACGAGUUUGCGCUGUUCAACUAUUUUCAAGACCGAUUUCGCGAAUCCGCCGUAGCUCAGCGAGCAGUGGCACGGUAUUGGAAUAACUCUCUGCAGAAGUUUACCCUUAUUCCCCAUGCAAAGGCGGCUCGAAAACCCGGCGCUCUAAGCUUCAAACGCCUCGAACUCGCUCUCAUGCAGCACUUCGUUACACCUCCUCUUCAUUCUCGACGCUUUUUCGUCUACUUUAAUCCUUUUUAA